AUGAUGGACCUCCCCAUCGACCACGGCCACCUUGAGCACCUCUUGCCUGCCUCAUGGAAAACCUCCAUCACGGCCUGGCUGGCAGAGGACACCCCCUCCUUUGACGUCGGCGGCUUCGUUGUCGGCUCCGACCUCCGCACCGCCACCCUGUGGGGAAAAUCCUCUGGCAUCCUGGCAGGCGUCCCCUUCUUUAACGAGGUCUUCACCCAGUGCGGCUGCACGGUCGAGUGGCACGCCCGCGAGGGCUCCCACGUGGAGACGCACGGGGGUAAAAAGGCACUGGCUACCGUCACGGGACCUGCGCAUGGGCUUUUGGAGGGCGAGCGUGUCGCUCUGAACAUCCUUGCGCGGUGCUCGGGGGUUGCGACCAUGAGCAGGCGGCUGCUGGUUAACCUGCGGAGCGCGGGGUACAAGGGGAUUUUGGCGGGAACGAGGAAGACGACGCCGGGGUUUAGGCUGGUGGAAAAGUAUGGGAUGCUGGUUGGGGGGGCGGAUACUCACAGGAUGGAUUUGAGCACAAUGACGAUGUUGAAGGAUAAUCAUGUUUGGAGCCGGGGGAGUAUUACGCAGGCGGUGAAGGCUGCGAAGGCGGCGGGGGGGUUUAGUUUGAAGGUGGAGGUGGAGGUACAGAGUGAGGAGGAGGCGGACGAGGCGAUUAGGGCGGGGGCGGAUGUGAUUAUGCUGGAUAAUUUUACCGGGGAGGGGGUGAAGGUUGCGGCGCGGAGUUUGAGGGAGAGGUGGAAGGGUGAGAGGGAGUUUUUGUUGGAGGUUUCGGGGGGGUUGACGGAGGAUAAUGCGGAGAGUUAUAUUUGCAAUGAUAUCGAUAUCCUUUCCACGAGCUCGAUUCAUCAGGGGGUGCGCCAUAUUGACUUUUCGCUGAAGAUUAGCGUGGAAAAAGGCCAGGGCCCCGAGGUGGCUAGCUGAAUGUUAGGGGUCUCAGAGGUCUUUUCUCAUCAACAGCUGUAUUUCUGCACAUGAUUGGGUUUGUUGAUUAGCGAUUAGACAUGUUCGUGGCUAGCAGGGGCAGGCAGAUGGCCUGACGCAUAACAACAGAAGUUUCUUUUUUGGUUGACAGCUCAAACUCCCUUGUUGGAUGAGAUAUUCCGCGGAGAGGCUUCCUGCAAGGAACUUGAUCAGAUGCAGAUGCUUGUUGCAUGUGGUUGGUUUCUGCCUGGCUCUUACCGGUGGUAGUCUCCGUUUAGAAGGAAAUCCAAUAUUGCUGGCAAUACCACCCACCCUCCGGCCAUGCAAAACUCCCUGCAGCAAGAAUUAAUUUCUUCUACUUUUCGUCCGUCCAGGCUGGAGGAUGCCCGGGAUCCGGGGUCUCCGACACGGCAGAUACCCCUGUUCCCACGUGGCUAUCCCGACGUCCCUUUUCUCUUUCCGGUAGUUAUACGUUUCGGGGAGCAGUGAUGCUCGGCUGCGGCACAGGAGAUGGAGGGAUGGCCAUGAGGCAGCAGGGAAUCUAUGCGAGGGGGUGGGAUAUCCAUAUUCGAUCAUCAUAGGAGAGACGGGGGUGCCUAGUUGUUGUUUUGGAGUAACCACACCCCUUAUGUUGCUUUGGCGGAAGGCCAUGUUUUGGAUGGUCACAAGACGGAGCUGGUCGUUAGGUCUUUUGUGG